AUGUACGAAAAUAAACCACAGAAGUACGAGAUAAAACAACUGUGCGUACAAACCACCGAAAGCGUGGAGCACGAGAACGGGAGGGAUGUUACAGUGCCGGAUAUCGUGUUGGACAGGGAUGAUGUCUUUCUGGUGCUUGGGGAUGUGGAGGGUGUCAGCAGCGUUUUGUUGGAGGGCAUGUGCGCGAAUAUCGCGUAUGCAGGUGAUGGGCGGGACCGUAAGGAUGAGAGCAGACGCGCAAGGAAGAGGAUAAAGAAAAUCGUUCUGAACCGGAAAGUGUCCGUGUACAGCACGUCUACGGUAUUUAACAUCCUUUACCUCGCGAACAAUCAGCACAGCACUGUUGCCGAGCAGAUACAGAGAACGAGCGUAUUGCUUGAGCAGCUUGGGCUGUCUGCGUGUUUCUACAUGAGUUGCUCCGAUCUGAACAAGCUGUACCACACGUUGGUAGCGAUAGGCGUAUUUGUCAUGCAAGGCUACGAUGCGAUCUUCCUCGACAGCGUUUUUUGUGGUAUGAGCGAGCGAGAAUGUGAAAAGCUCGUUCUUAUUGUGGCGGAGCUGGCGAAGUACUACGGUAUUUUGUUUGUCAUGGGUAGCGAUGGGUACGGAAGAGGCGAUAGCACGUGUGAUGCCGGGGUGGAAUGGGUCUGUGAUGGGGAUCACCGAACAGAGUGUGUUGCAUUCGGCGGUAACGCUGCGUGCAAGACGGGCACUUCUUUCAUUGGCGGGAAGUGCUUCAAAGCUUUGGUUGUAAACGACUUUUGUGCGGCGCUGGGGACCAUUUCUGGGAUAUCCCAUGUUAUCAAGGACGUGACGGCAAGAAGUGAAAACUUGGAGAAGCAAAACGAGGGCCGCCAAAUCAAGAGGAAGAACAGGGAAGCGAAUUGGGUAUCGCUGAUGCGCGGGAUUGCCGGCAAUUUUAGGCUUUACUGCGUUGUUUUUCAGAUGUUUUUGGUUUUAAUUAUUUUCGUUGGCGUUGUGCUGAUGAAAAAUAGCCUUGACCCGUUUAGGAUCGAGCUGUUGGUGCCCAACGUUGCAGGGAGUGAGAGCGCCGAUGUAGAGAACGCGAUCACCCCCAUUUUCAUAGAAAAGGAGCACAACACGAACUGCCUGGUCAUCUGUGCGACUCUCAUCUCCUUCGCACUUCCGAUUGUUCCCCUGCUUGCACCGCGCCAUAACGUUCAGGUGCUUUUCGCGAACAGCCUGCCCACCAAGCGGAUAAUUUCUCUGAACGUGCUCUCUCGGUUGCUUCACGAGGGCAUGCUGUGCCUGUGCUUCGCCCUUAUGAUGAGUAUAGCGAGCGGCCUUCUGCUUGCGCUCAGUCCCAUCUUCUCGUUUUUGUUCAUCUUUGUAGCACUCAUUUCUGCACGGCUGUUCUACCUGCUUUGCACGUAUCUACGGUUUGAUCUGGCCGUUCGUUGCGUGCUUUACGUCUGUCUCCUUUCACCAGCCGUUCUGUACCCGUUUCUUCUCACGUUCCCGCUCAGCCACGAGGUGCACAAAUUUAUUGCGUUUUUGCCGCAGGUUUCCGUGCUCAAGUACAUGCACGCCCUGCUCUACGUGUCCAUCCGUCCACAGCUAGCGCACGAGCAUAUGAAGGCGUUCAGCAGGUUUUUGAAUAUGCUGUGCUUCCCUGUGGCAGGAGAUUACAGGAUGGGGCUGCUCGUCCUGUUUUUGUAUCUAUCGGUGCUGUGGAUGGUUGUGUUCUUCGUUAUGAAGAGCAAAUUGAGAAGAGCGUUUCGAAUCAAGUAGGUAAACGAUCAGAACAAAGCGAUUAAAUAUAUUAUUAGCACA